CACCGCAAGACCACCCCGGAAACCCGAACGAGACCUGCCAGAUUGCACUCCGUUGUUGGUUGCAAAACACCUUAAGAGCAGACACACGACACCGCUUGCCCGCCAAAACAACGCAACGGAACGCAGCGCAGCGACGCCUUUGCCCCGCACCGAUCGAUCGACCGCAGCACAGAACAGAACAGAAGAGAACAGCGCGGCACAGCAUGCCAUCGUCGCCCCGGUCGGACCUGGAGCAGAUGGAAGAACAGGCCGCCCUGGCGCGGCGCCUGAAGACGGUCGGCGACUACAAGCACGGUUCCAUCAAGCGGAUCAAGCUCCGGAAGUUCCUGACCUACAGCGCGGCGGAGUUCAGUCCCGGGCCCCGGUGCGUUUCUGUAGUUUGUGGUUGUUGUCGUUGUUGUGGUUGUGGUUGUUGUCGUUGUCGAUGGAGUGGCCGGAGGAUUUUUGGGGUUGGUCCGAGGCUUUCCAGGCGCUCCCUAACGAUUUUCGCAUCUGUCCUCACACUUUUUUUCCCUGGUUUGGUCGCAACUCAAUUCCUUCCCUGGUUUCUGUUUCUGUUUGCGUUUCGUUUCGUUUCGGAUCGGUUCGUUUCUGUGUUUUUCGCAGCCUAAACAUGGUGGUGGGGCCCAACGGAACGGGAAAGUCCUCGAUUCUCUGCGCCAUUUGCCUCGGACUGGGGGGUGAGCCGCGGCUGCUGGGAAGGGCCGACCAGGUGACCUCGUUCAUCCAGAACGGGGAAACCGAGGCCCGGAUCGAGCUGGAGGUGGUGAACGAGCACGGGGAAAACGUGAUCGUCACCCGCACCAUUCACGGAAGCGGGGACGGAAGCAGCGGCAGCAACCGGAGGGCCAACAGCAACAAAUCGUCCACCUUUACCUGGAACGGCGAGAUCGUUUCGGGGAAGAAGGUCCAGGAGCGGGCCUCGAAGGACUUCCAGAUCCAGCUCGACAACCUCUGCACCUUUCUGCCGCAGGAAAAGGUGGGAAACUUUUCGGGAAUCAACAGCAAGGACCUCCUCCUCGAGACGGAGAAGACCCUCAGCGACAACAAGGAUUUGUACGAGAAGCACCUCAAGCUCAUCGAGAUGCAGACGGAGCUCCGGGGGGGAUUCAGCAAGGUCGACAACCUCAACGAAAAGGCGGCCUUUCUCGAGGCCGAGGUCGCCAAGUACAAGGCCGACGUCGAUCGCAUGGAAGAGCGGAGGAAAGCCGAGGAGCAAGCGGACCUUCUCCGGAAAAAACUCAUGUGGCUCAAGCUGGACGGCGUCCGCGAGACGUGCCUGGCACUCAAGGCACAGAAAGAAGAGGCGAAACAGAAGGUGGAAAACCUCGAGGACGAGCUGGAGCCACUCCUGCAAGCCAGGGACCAGGCGAAGGAGUGGCUGGAGAAAGCCAGGAACGACGUCGACGCCUUUGAGAAAAAGAUCAAGAACGAGGAAAAGAACAUGGCGAAGCAGAAGCACAAAUUCGACAACCACGACGACCAGAUCGAGGAGACCCUGGCCGAGCUGGCGACCGUGGACAACACCCGCGCCAAGUACGAGAACGACGCGCGGCUGCUGCGGGACAAGGUCGGGGGCCUCCAGGAGGCGCUGGACGAGGAGCCGCCGAUGGAGGACCUCGAGGAGGCCUUUGCGAGCGCCCGCCGGGAGCAGGAUGCCAUCAAGCCGCGGUACAACGACUCGAAGACCGCCCUGCUGGAGCUCAACCACGAGAUGUCCUCCGUGAAGGACGAGAGGAACAACGUCCAGAGAAAACUGGCCAGGCUCCAGAACGAGAAGGAACAGCGCCGCGAAAACGUCUUUCGGUACUUUGAGGACGUGCGGAACGCCUACCACUGGAUCAACAACAACCGGGGCCUCUUUCGAAAAGAAGUCAUUGGGCCCGUGGCCUGCGAGAUUUCUCCCAAGUCCAACGACAGCGCGGCCUUUCUCGAACAGCACGUGGCAAACUCCGUCCUCAAAUCCUUUGUGGUACAAGACAAGUCGGACUACGACCUCUUGUACAACAAGGUCCGUCGCGAACAGAACAUCCCCAUCAACAUCAACUUUGUGGACCGGAUUUCCCAGGGCGAACCCCGCAUGUUUUCCGAACAGAAAAUGGCCGUCCUCAAGCGAGACCACGGCGUGAUGGGCUACCUCGACGAAUCCUUCGAUGCACCGGACAUUGUGGUCCAGGUGCUGAAAACCAAUUCCGCGAUCCACAAGGUGCUGGUGGGAAGCGACCGAACGCAGGACAGCCUCGACGGCCGGGACCUGGGACGGAUCCUCUCCGAGUCCGAACACCACCACGGCAAGCUACAGUCGUACUGCAUUUUCGCCAGCAAAGACGGCGAUUCGUUCAAGUACACCUCCCAGGUCUCGAGGUAUUCCGGGAAACCCUCGCUGCGGUAAGUCUUCUCGGAUUUCUGUGUGGUUGCAAGCCGCGAUGCUCCAAGGCUAAGGCUUGCGACCGCAGCGGUCUCGUGUUUGGAAUACUCAAUGCAUCGUUGUUGCUGUUUGUUUUUGUGUUCUUGCGGUACCACAGAGUGGACGACGUUCGGGUCGCGAGGUUUUUGAGCCGCGGGGCAAGCGACGACGCAAAGCAGCGAGUGACCCAGAAACUGAGGGAAGUAAAGGACCGCGAGAACGAAAUCCAGCCAAAAAUCGAACAGUGUGCCCGCGAGCAGGAGGAUCUUUUGCUCCAGGUCCAGCAAGCGCAGCAGCGUUCCAAGGAAAUCAAGGCCAAGAUCCAGACGAUCAAGAAACUAGUACAAAAACUCCAGAAUUCCAAGCGCAAGCUGCGGGAAGCCGAGGAAAGGCUCGAAACCGACGACGAAGAAGAAAAGAGGAAUCUGGUAAGGAAACUGAAGCAGCGACUCGAGGCCUCGUUGAAAGCGAUGAAUGCCUAUUCGGAAAGCAACAAGAAAAUGGUAGAAUUGACGGUAGAGGUAGCGGGGUUCAAAGUAGACAAGGAAUUCGCGUUGGUCCGAGCCAGACUCAGCGAGUAAGUAUCAACCCAAAGCAUUCUUUCCAGGGAUGCGAUGCGAUGCGAUGCGAUGCCCUAAUUUGCCUUUUGAAACGUUUCCAACACGUGCUGCUUUCCCUUUCUGUUUCCUUAGAGAAAAAGCGGGAGAUGCCGAAACCGCAAUCGAUACGAUGAGAGACGAAUUUCGCAAGGCAAAGCAACAGUUCGCGCAAGAAAAGAGUCGAUACAAGGAGCUUGCGCAACGCGCAUCGGAACAAGCCCCUCUUGCGGACGAGAACGGGGAAGAAACAGAUCUCAAACGAAAGCUAGAGGUGGACCUUGCCCAAUUCGACCGAGAAGAUCUCGCGCAGAACGCGCUCGAAGAAGCCGAAGCCAAGAUCAACAGCAUCCAGCGAGACGAUAGUGCGCUGCGGGUCUACGAAGAAAAGACGAGAGAGCUCGAGGAAGUCAGAGAAAGCCUCGAUGAUCUGAAGGACCGAAAGGAGAGAGGCCAAUCGGAACUGGAGCGCAUGAGAGUUCCGUGGCACAGCACGCUGAAAGAAAUCAUCGAGACGGUGGACAAGCGGUUUACGAAAUACAUGAGCGAGCUCGGAUGCAUCGGAAGCGUUUCGCUCAAGGACGGAGACAACGACGAGGACUUUCUCUUUGAGGAUUACGCCGUCGAGAUCAAGGUCAGCUUUCGAGAGGGCGUCAAACCGACGGUGCUUUCCAGUCGGGUCCAAUCCGGGGGCGAGCGGUCGGUGUCUACUAUUAUGUACCUGAUGGCCAUGCAGGACAUGAUGGUUUCCCCCUUUCGGUGUGUCGACGAGAUCAACCAGGGCCUGGACGACCGAAACGAGCGCUUGGUGUUCAAGCGCAUCGUGGAAAAUUCCACGCAAGCCCCAGGCCCGAACGGACCAACGGACCACUGUGGCCAGUACUGGCUGAUCACGCCCAAGCUCCUUCCCAAUCUCACCGACAUGGAGGUUGCUGCAAUGAACGUCGUUUGUAUCUUCAACGGUGAGUGGAACAAAACAAAACGGUUUUCCCUUCUUGCUUUGCGUUUCCGCAACUUUUUCGAACUCCUAACCGUUGUCAUCUUCUUCCUUCCAAAAGGCGCUUACAACUUCAAGAAUCCCACGGACUGGUGCACGAGGGAACUGAUUGCCAUUCGAAAGCGUCGCCACGAAGAAAUUGGUGACCACGACAUUGGCGACGACGAUGACGACGACGACGAUAACACUAGAAACAAGAUGUCUAAAACUGGGGAAUAAAACGCUGCAGCAGUCUCAUCAGAAUUUGCGGGAAUAGGCAUUGCGGGGAGGACGGCUGGCGACUUUUUUGGGGAUUGCAAACCCACGGCCGAUGAUGAUGCUACGCAAUAUCUGCUGCGAUUCCAUUGACUCGCGACGGAAGAAGCACAGUCAUCGUUGAUCCAUAACAACAACAUUACUUCUAGUAUAAUAGUCGCAGCCUAUAUCCUGAAAGCA